CAGAAUAAAGGCUUGCCUGAAGGGGGCCAACUUCGAUGCAAGCUACUGCGUUGGAUCGGGUGAGAGCCACCUAUAAAACGAAGGUUGAAAGUUCCGUUUCGCUUACUUCGGUUUGACAUGGCCUCUAGAGUGCUCGCCCUGACAGUGGUGUGCUUCCUGGUGAUCGUCGCCUCGACUCAAGUUCGGGGUUACAUUUGGCCGAAGCAGAACACCUAUUCGACCCGAUGGGACAAGGUCAACAUCGACGACAUCCUGGACAGCACGCGACUCCUGCAAUACUAUUUCAAGUGCUUGAUGGGAACUGGUCCGUGCCCUCCUGACGGCCAGGAGCUUAAGAGGGUGCUGCCGGAAGCGUUGGAAACCGCCUGCGCGAAAUGCACCAAGAGUCAAAUGGAAGGAGCGGCCAAGGUCAUACGAUUUCUGAGAGAAAACCGGCAGGACGAGUGGGAUCAGCUUUGUGGAAAGUAUGACCCGGACGGAAAGUAUCGUCAAAAAUACAUCGAACCAUCUCCGGAUAACAACACGGCUUGAAAGUUGUUGCCUCAUUCUACAGAUGGUUCCUUCAUUUUUUCAAUAUUCGCUUUCCCUUUCCUCUGUGCGUCUCUCUCACAUCUGUCAUGUACAUGCCAUUUUUAUUUUUAUACCUAGAUAUAUAGAAUAUUUAUACUACCUUUUUCUCAAACCUGAUUUUUUUAUUACUCAGUUUUUUCACCAACUCCUGAA